GAAACAUAUCUUUUGUAGAAAGGAAACAUAGAGAAAUGUUUGGGUUUCGGCAUGUAGUGUGUACUUUGGUGUUAUAAGAAGACUUAUCGGGUCACUGAUGCGAUUAAAUCAAACCCCAAUCGCUCUCUCGUUUCACCCUUCAAACUUAAGUGGAAGAAGAAAGAAAAUAAAGUUGAGAUCAUCCAAUAUGAGCAUGGAGAUUGCAAAAGAAAAGGCUGAGAAUCAAACUUGGAGAGACCUUCCCUUGGAGCUUCUCAUCUCUGUAAUGACUAAUCUUGAAAUCGAAGACAACGUACGUGCUUCUGCCGUAUGCAAACCUUGGUACGAGGCAGCAGUGUCUGUUAGAAUCACAGACCAGCCUCCUUGGCUCAUGUACUUCCCUAUGUCGAGAAACUCUUACGAGUUUUACAAUCCAUCAAACUCCAAGAGACAUACAAAGGAGCUGCCUAAAUCAUUAGCUGGCUCUAAAGUGCGUUACUCUAAAGACGGAUGGCUCCUUAUGUGCAAAAGCAUUUCAACAGAUUUCGUCUUGUUCAAUCCAUUUACUAUGGAUCUUGUGGUCUUGCCUGAUCUUGAGCUGUGGCAUGGUUACCAGUUAGUGGGAUUCUCUUGUGCUCCUACGUCAAGCGAUUGUGUGGUGUUAAUCAUCAAAGACUAUGAUCCAGGCCAUGUUACAAUCCGUACAUGGAGUCCGGGUGAAACAACGUGGACUUCAAUGCAGGUCUCGUCUCAGUUUCUUGAUGCUAAACGUAACUAUGUUGUCUUCUCAAAUGGCUUGUUUUACUGUCUCAACUUAAGAAACAGCCUUGCGGGUUUUGAUCCAUCUUUACGGACGUGGAAUGUCCUUGACAUAUCGCCACCAGUUUGUCCUGAUCACAUUGAUGAUGAGAGCUGGUAUGAAGGAAAGUUCAUGGUGGGUUACAAAGGAGACGUAUUUCUUAUAUGUACAUUUGGAAAUGCAGAGCCUUUGGUGUUUAAACUCGAUCUUACACUACGUGUUUGGGUGAAGAAGGAAAAUAUUGGUAGUUUGACGAUCUUUGGGAGUAUUAAUUCAUGUGAAUCGAGGACGUAUGUCCAUGAGGGGUUGCUGAGGGACAGUAUCUACUUUCCUAAGUUAUGUGACAAUGAGAACCGGUGCGUAACUUAUUCGUUUGAUGAAGGGCGAUACCAUCCGCGGCGUGAGCACAAUGUUAAUUGGGGAAAGCAACCAUCUUCUGAGAACAUUUGGAUCGAGCCUCCUGAGAACGCUUUGGAGCUAAUCUAAGAGAAAAAUGUCAAUCUGUGGAUUCUCAUCAGUCUGUUUAGGCUUAACUGGGUCAUUGUGAUGAAUCCAUUUUAUCAACAAGGAACAAAUUAAAAAGUGUUACAAAUGUGAUCAUCCAUGUACGAGGACACUAAGAGCAUCAUUAUUCUAGAGA